UGUUGUAUUUUUGUUGUGUGUGAAAAUCCUAUCACUUUACCCAAUACAGAGAGCACUCCUCAGUACUCACUCUUUCACACUCACACAACAUACAACGUACAUUAGUGUGUUUUUAUCUUCUCCCCCUUACUGCACCAUUCUUCAUCCCCAGCCUCUGUUAUCCUAAUCUUAUCAUGUCUGCUUUUGUAUUUGCGAUCCUCCUUUUGGCCAUGGCCGGCCACUCAAAUGCUGCAUGGUGCGCUUGUAAAGGAUUGAGCGAUGCAGUUUUGCAAAAGACACUGGACUAUGCUUGUGGAGCCGGGGCGGAUUGCAACCCGGUCCAUCCAAACGGGCCUUGCUUUAACCCGAAUACCGUAAGAGCUCACUGCAAUUUUGCUGUCAACAGCUAUUUCCAGAAGAAGGGCCAAGCUGCCGGAGCAUGUGAUUUUUCUGGCACCGCUACUGUCACUGCAACUGAUCCCAGCACAGCUGGCUGUGUUUAUCCUGCUACUGCAAGUGGCACGUCUCCAACGACUACAGGCUCCACAACGACUACGGGCUCCACCACGACUACGGGCUCCACCACGAAAACACCAUCCACAACCACAGCCAACACGGGUGGAUCUCCUUACGUGACAAAUCAGGGUGUAUUAGGAGGUGUCAACAACGGUUUAGGUCCGUCGGGUGCUGGCAUGAACACAGAUAUGAGCCAUGGUGGGAUUUCACUGCAACAGGGCAACCUGAUUUCCUUUAUAACCAUUAUUAUUAUUAUUACUGCACUUGCAUUAAUUUGAGCUAAAUUAGAGAAGAAAUUCCACUGUUUGUGUACUAUAAGGGGGUCGUUGUGGGGACUUAAUGUUAAAAUUGUAUGAGCAGAAAUGGGCCUAUGCCUAUAUAUGCAUGUGAUGCUAUUACUGUAAUUGUUGGUAUUUGUUUGUCCCUUCCCAUCUAUUUUGAUGUCUAAAGAUAGUAGUUUUUUGACUCCUCUCUAGUUGGUUUAUGUGGUGAUUAAUUAAUGAGAACCUUUCAAUCCUUGUGUUAA